AUAUUUGUGUAUGUAUAUCUAUGCAUACACGCAGACACUUUCAGACACAAACAUUCACAAUCGAAAUUUUCAAACAUCAUUGCAACACAAGAAGAUGUCUGUUAGGCAACGACCUAUAACCACCAAGCAACCGUCCACGUCUGAGGAUUCGUCCUCCGAGGCAGCUGCCUUGGUGUCGCCGGAAAAAUUGCAGCCACCUCCGACUCCGUCGUCAACUUCUCGGCCCCAGCAAGCUCAAGGAGCAAUCUCUAGAACCCUGACCAGCACGGCCAACUUGGCCAACUUGCUUCCUACGGGGACCCUCUUGGCCUUCCAGAUCCUCACGCCGAUCUUCACCAGCAAUGGCACCUGCAACGACACCACCCGCCUCCUCACCGUCUCUCUCCUCGCCGUCCUUGCCGUCUCGUGCUUCCUCGCCAGCUUCACCGAUAGCGUGGAGGUUAACGGGAAGGUGUACCACGGGCUGGCCACCUUCAAAGGUAUGUGGCUGUUCGACUACCCGGUUGACGCGUCCGGGUCGGAUCUUCCAGACAUGAGCAAGAAGAAAGUGAGGUUGCUGGAUUUCAUACACGCGGUUUUAUCCCUGGCGGUGUUCGUGGCGGUGGCAAUGAGGGACAGGAAUGUGGUGAGCUGUCUGUAUCCGUCGCCGGCAGUUGAAACGAAGCAAGUAUUGGACAUUGUUCCGGUGGGGAUCGGACUGAUUUGCAGCUUGUUGUUCGUAGUUUUUCCGACCACCAGGCAUGGAGUUGGAUACCCAGUUACGCCAAGCAAUUGAUUUGAUUGGUUUUUUUUUUUGUCAGCCUUUUUGAAUCAAAAGUCAGUCUUUGGUUGACGAAGACGAAGUUUGAUUAAAAGUACCAUUGGGUUUUUCUUAAUCUUCCGAGAUCUUCACACUGUUGUUAAAUUAUCUAACUGGCUGCAGUAUGUUCUUUUUUUCUGGGAAGAAUCAUCCUUCCAGUUGAUUAAUUAUAAUUUGUUAAUUACUUACAGUUCCAUAUUGAUAGCUUGAAACGUGUCUUUUUUUUUUAAA